UGUUCAUCUCCGAGGCGUGAGCAACUGAAAGAUGGCCAUCCUGGAGUCUUGUUGCUUUUGGAAGGAUGUGCGGAGUGGCAGCUUUGCCUGUGCCAUCUACACGCUGGUUUACUUUGGCUUCUCAACGCUGAUGUUUUUGUUCUACCUGUUCGAGGAGCAGGAUUUUCUACUGGGGAACCGUGCUCAUCCGAUGGGUGAGAGCUUGUUGGAGAAGGGUGAUGUGACUGUAGUGACUGUGAUAUUCAACGUUUUGUUACUCUUUUGCUCGAUACUGAUGGUUAUGGCGUCGGUCCUGUUGAUAUUGGGUCUCCGGCAGAGCAAACGACACUUUCUGAUACCCUGGAUUUUCUUCAUGCUGUGCGACCUGCUCAUCGAGCUCUGCCACCUGGUGCACUUGUCCCUAUCCCGCCGCGUUAGGUUCGAUCCUAUUGUGGGUUUCAUCUUUACCAUGGAUUUCUUCCUUCUGUGCCUAAAUCUCUACUGUCUGCUGUGCGUCAUCUCGCAAUACCAGACGUUCCGCUCCCAGCGUGCGGAGCUGCAACAGGCGGCAUCUGCGGCAUCGCCUAUUGUGGUCUUCACAGCGGCCGAGAAGUUAACCAAAUCGCAGCAGCAACUGCAACAAACGCAGCAGCAGCAACAACAGCAGCAGGCUAAUAUGCUGCAACAGCUGGAGACCGGAAACGGAAAUGGGAAGCGGCGGCGUAUGCUCGGAGUAGCCAGCCCGCUAAUAACAUCACAGCGUCUUACUAACUUCUCCACCAUCACCGAGGAGGAGGAGCAACAGUCGAGAACAGGCCACCUUUCGGAGCAGUCAAAUGGAGAGCAACUCGCCCGAAUACCAAUUAUUACCCUGGCAUCCAGCCCAGCUCAUUGCAGUGAUGCAAGUGCAAGUCAUCACUAA